AUGCAUAGACGAGCGGUCUUAAGGCUUCCACGCCGCGUCGAGCUGUGUUCGACCAGCGCCAUCGCCUCAACCCCGAUCUUUUCCUCUCAACGAACGUUCCAAUCCUCCACAGCUCAUCAUAUUUCAGAACCUGGAGACAAUGGCAGCAAUGACGGAGCUUCCAAACCAUCGGCAUUUGCGCCGAAGUUUGGGAAUAGAUGGGGUGGUAGUGCGCAGCGACCUAUGGGUCUAAGUGCUGCGGAGCAAGCAAUGCGCGACGCGUUGGUUGCUAAAAACACUCCUCCUCCCCCUCCUCCUCCGAAAGCGCCUACUUCCGAGAAAUCAGACAACGAAAGUCAUGGUAUCCGAAGUCAGAGAUGGGCCAAACGCUCCUAUGCUGGUUCAUCACCGAGAGAUGAAAAUAAGCGUGGUAUAGAACGACCACGCCGACAGCACCCGAAUACUCAGAAAGAUACGGAUUCUCCGUUUGAUAAGCGGCCACCACCAACCCAAACCACCGAAGCUAAGCCGCUGCCGAAAAACUGGGUGUGUCAAAAGUGCAAACGGAAUGUUUUCCCGAGGUUUACUACAUGUCCAUUCUGCAAAACCCCCGGGCCUAAUGCGCCGCCCAAGCAAACGCGGCCUUCGCAGAGCGAUACACCAAAUCCGAAUAAGUUCCGAGCAUUAGGUCGAUCAAUCUUGGCUGAAUCUGAAGGUGGCACAAAGGACAAACCUAAGAGGGAAAAGUCUGGACCGAAGGCUGAAAAGAAGAACGCCGACCAAUGGUCUUGGGAUAUGUCGGCUCUAGAUAAAUUGGAAGUCGUGGAAGAAGCACAAGAACCGGUUCCACAGUCGCAGGCAUCAAAAAAGCUCAAGCGUCGUGACGGUGGGAAGCAUCGAGUAUCUGAAUCCAGCGAGCUUGAUCAAGAGAAUCGGGAUCGACGACGUGAAGAUCGCAAGCGCUCAAAGAAGGCUGCAAAGAGAGAAGCCGAAGCUGCUCCUCAACCUCUUUAUCUUCCAGAAUUUAUCAGCGUGACCAAUCUGGCUGAUGUGAUUGGUGUGCGACCGGGUCAAUUUAUCCAGCGCAUGGAGGCCAUGGGAUUUGAAGAUGUCGAGUAUAACCAUGUUUUAGAUGCCGAGACUGCUGGUCUGGUCGCUGCCGAGUACAACUAUGAAGCUCUCUUUGAUACCGGGUCUGACGAUAUAAGAGCCGCCCCGGUACCGGAGGAUGCUUCCAGUUUACCACCUCGGCCACCUGUGGUCACCAUUAUGGGUCAUGUCGAUCACGGCAAAACCACUAUUUUGGACUGGCUGCGCAAAUCCUCCGUCGCUGCCACUGAGCACGGCGGCAUUACUCAACACAUUGGUGCAUUCUCCGUGGCGAUGCCCUCGGGCAAGACAAUUACUUUCUUGGAUACCCCCGGCCAUUCGGCAUUUUUGGAGAUGCGUCGCCGUGGUGCGGACGUCACUGACAUUGUGGUGCUGGUAGUCGCUUCAGAUGACAGUGUCAAGCCUCAGACAAUUGAAGCUAUUAAGCACGCAACACAAGCCAAGGUCCCAAUCAUCGUUGCCAUCAGUAAGAUCGACAAAGAGGGCCGCAACCCGGACCGAGUGAAGCAAGACCUGGCAGUCCACGGUGUUCACGUGGAAGACUAUGGCGGCGAUGUUCAGGCUAUUGGAGUGAGUGGUAAGAGCGGCGAGGGCAUGCUUGAGCUUGAAGAGGCUAUUAGCGUCCAAUCUGAGAUGCUUGACCACCGCGCUGAUACCAGCGGUAACGUGGAAGGAUGGGUUCUCGAAGCGUCGACCAAGAGCUACGGAAGAGUUGCAUCGGCUCUUAUCCGCCGUGGCACACUGCGACCAGGCGAUGUUAUCGUUGCCGGCACUACUUGGGCUCGAGUCCGUACCUUGCGUAAUGAGGCCGGUCUGGCUGUCAACGAAGCUACCCCUGGUAUGCCAAUUGAGAUUGAUGGAUGGCGAGAGCAACCCGCUGCCGGAACAGAGAUUCUGCAGGCAGAGGAUGAGCAGAAAGCCAAGAGCGUUGUUGAGUACCGCCAGGACCGAUCUGAUACUGAGAAGCUCGGUCAAGAUAUGGCUGCCAUCAACGAGGCACGACGAGAGCUCAAUGAGAAGCGUAGACUGGAGGCAUCCGAGUCUGAUGAAUCGGUAAAUGAGGUUGCAGAGCCUACAGGUCCAAAGUCGGUAAACUAUAUCAUAAAGGCCGACGUUGGUGGCUCCGCGGAGGCAGUCUUGAACUCGAUUGCUGCAGUUGGCAACAAUGAGGUUUAUGCCAAUAUUCUUCGCUCUGGAGUUGGCCCUGUGACAGAGUUUGACAUAGAGCACGCUGCCGCUGCCAACGGAAGGAUCAUUUCCUUCAACAUGCCCAUCGAGCCUGGCAUGGCUCGUAUGGCGGAACAAGAGAAUGUGACGAUUUUGGAUCACAACAUCAUCUACAAACUCAUCGAUCACGUCAAGGAAGAUCUCAGUCAAUACCUUGCGCCCACAAUCACCCAAAGAGUGACGGGUGAGGCCGAAAUUGGCCAAAUUUUCGAGAUCACCGUUAAGGGUCGCGAGAAGGUCUCCAUUGCGGGUUGUCGUGUACGCAACGGUACCGUCAACAAAGCUCGACAGGUCAGAGUCCUUCGAGGCAACGAUGUUAUCUAUACUGGAUCAAUGACCUCGCUCAAGAAUGUCAAGAAGGACGUUACUGAGAUGCGCAAAGACACCGAAUGCGGUAUUGGCUUCGAAGACUGGUCUGAAUUUGCCAUCGGCGACCACGUUCAGUGCUACGAAGAGAUCCAUGAAAAGCGUUUUUUAUAA